AUGAGUGAUCGUUCCCCCUCGCCCUCGGGCUAUCGGGCCAUUCCCUUCGACACGACAACCAAUGCCAUCGCGAAGGCAGGUGGUGGCCGUCUGCCUGUAUCACGCAAUGAGACCCUUCGCGCUGUCGAUGACCGCCCCGAUGUUUACGAGGCGAUUCUGCUUGGCCCAGGCGAGAAGAAGAUCGACGUUGACGUCGACACCCGCCUGCCUUCUGCGGCCAUCUUUACCUUUCACAAGGAGGACCACACCCUUGGCAAUUUGCUCCGUGUUCGUCUGCUCCGCCACCCCAACGUGGUUUUCUCCGCCUACCGGGUUCCUCACCCUUUGACUCCCAACUUUGAGUUGCGCGUACAGACCGAUGGCGAGAUUACUCCCCGUGCUGCGGUAAUUGCCACCUGCAACGUGCUUAUUAAGGAGCUGGGUCAGCUGUCUCGCGAGUUCACCAAGGAGUAUGAACUUCGCAAGAUGGCGAAUGCUGCCAACCAGCAGCAAGCUCACGAGUAA